AUGAACUGCUCAACAAGUUUUCUUGACCAACAUGACUAUGCAUAUCAUGAUUAUAAUCGUCGUCCUGGUCAUGCUUUAGCUUUUGACAAUUAUAUUAAUUGUAAAACGAAUUUUACUUCUUUUUCGUGCGCUAAUCAUAAUAGUAAAUGUAAUUCAAGGCAUAAGCUGCAAAAAUAUUUUUACAAAAUACUUAAUGUAUUUAAAAAAUCAUCAAAAAAACAUAAUCCGAAUUACCAAAAAGCUAUUCAAGCAUUAGAAGAUUUACAAUAUAAUGAAGCUAUCUAUUUAUUUACUCAAAUUUUAAAAGAAUAUCCUCAAAGUUAUUCAGUUAGGUGUGAUCGAGCUUACGCUGCAUAUCAAAUUGAAGAUUGGGGUAGAGCUAUUAACGAUUUGAAUUAUGCCAUUUCGAAAAGACCAAAAAAAACACGUGCUUAUUCUCUUCGAGGUGAAGUAUACCGUCUGAGAUUUAUGUAUGAUAAGGCUUUGGUUGAUCUUAAUAAAUCUUUGAAAAUACAAAAAAGUAUUUUUGCGUUAAGGUCACGUUCAGAAAUUUACAGUUCCACUCAAAGAUAUAGAGAAGCUCUUCUAGAUCUAGACUUGGCUUUAGCUAUGAAACCACAAAAUAUUUUUAUAUUAGUACGCAGAGCAAAGAUACAUUGUUUACUUGGACUUUAUGAUAAAGCAUUGAAGGAUUUAAAUUAUGCACUUGAAUUAGAUACAACAAACGCUGUUUCAAUAUUAGCAAUUCGUGGUGACAUUUGUCGAAUUAUAGGACGGCAUGAUUUAGCACACGUUGAUUUAGAAUCUGCGCUACGAUGUAAAGAAGAUAUAACGGUAUUAGAACGAAGAGGAAUGAAUGGUUUAUGGAGCUUUGGAUAA